CGAAACAAUUUAUAACAUAUCCCCGCAGUCUAGACGUAAUAAUGGAUAAAAAAGUGCCAGUAAUUACUACAUUAGAUGAACUAAUACAUGAAUUACAUCGAGUUUUUGAAAGCGAUAAUGUAAAUAUCGAAUAUGUUCAUGAUAUAAUGACUUCUUAUAAGAGUAAUUCUAAGGAAUGGAUCAAAUACGCAAAAUUCGAUAGACACAGGUAUACUCGGAAUUUAGUAGAUGCUGGAAAUGGCAAAUUCAAUCUGAUGAUUUUAGCGUGGGCUGAAGGACAAGGCAGUAGUAUUCACGAUCAUUCUGAUUCUCACUGUUUUAUGAAAAUUUUGGAUGGAAAAUUGUUAGAAAGUAAAUUUCAAUGGCCACAGGAUUCAGAGAAUUCGGAAAUGGUUUGUUCGGGAGAAACCGAAUUAAAACUAAACGAGGUUGCUUACAUCAAUGAUAGCAUCGGUUUGCAUCGUGUGGAAAAUCCUAGUCAUUCAGAAGUAGCAGUUAGUCUUCACUUAUAUUGUCCUCCUUUUGAUAAGUGUCAAAUGUUCGAUCCUAGAACUGGACAUAAAACACAAUGCACUGUUACUUUCUGGUCUAAAUAUGGAGAAAGAACACCUUUCGAAUUGACAAAAUCAAACAAUGUAAUAAAUAAUCAACUUGAAGUUUGUGAAAACAACUGAAUAUUUUCUGAUUCAUAUUUUUUACUUUUCAGUACUUUUUUUAUAGAGAUUUACUUAGAAAUAAAGUAUUCCUUUCUGA